UCCGCUUCCUGUGGCGCUGUAGGGCGCAGCAACAGCGCGGCGGCGGCGAUAACGGCGGCGGCAAUAGCGGAGCUCUCGCUUUCCGUCUCGGGAGGCCUUGUGGGAUCUGUAGUCCCGCCCGCCUCGGUCCCGCCGAGGGAGGAGGAGGAGCAGCAGGCGGGGUGGGGGCGAGCGAUAAAUAACACGCCAUGCCGGGCUUCACGUGCUGCGUGCCGGGCUGCUACAACAAUUCGCACCGGGAUAAGGCGCUCCAUUUCUACACGUUCCCGAAGGAUGUGGAGCUGCGCCGCCUGUGGCUGAAGAACGUGUCGCGGGCCGGCGUGAGCGGCUGCUUCAGCACUUUCCAGCCCACCACGGGCCACCGCGUCUGCUCCGAGCACUUCCCCGGCGGGCGCAAGUCCUACCUGGUGCGCGUGCCCACCAUCUUCCCCCUCCGGGGCGUCAACGAACGCAAAGGUGCCCGCGGGGCUCGCCGCGCCCGCCACGCCCCCCAGCACACCGCGGCUGCCGCCGGCCAAGCCGCGGUGUUGCUCACCUUGCAGCAAGAGGGAGCCCUCGAGCAGGGUGGACAAGUGCCUCGAGCCGGAGGGGGACCCGAGGAUGUCAAGCCCAUCGAUCUGACCGUGCAGGUGGAGCUGGGGGGUCCCGAUGUUGCCGGGGCGAUCAGCACCCCAGUCAGGCUGGCCUUGCUGGCCGCCAAUGGACCCCUGUUGGACGGUGGGGGCCCGCCAGACCACUCAUACUCGCUGUCUUCGGGCACCACGUCCGAAGAGUUGUUGCGUAAGCUGAACGAACAGAGGGAUAUCAUUGCCCUGCUGGAGGUGAAGAUGAAGGAGAUGAAGGGCAGCAUCCGCCGCCUGCGCCUGGCCGAAGCGCAGCUCCGCGAAGAGAUCCGGGAGAAGGACCGCCUGCUGCAUGCCGCCAGCGCCACGGGGGGAGCUCGCAAGCGCCACGGUCUCUGAGGGCAUACCUGACACUUCCUCUCUCUCCAACACAUACUCGCACUCUUGUAUGCACAUGAUUGGGUUCUUGGUCUUCAGAAAAUUGCUCAUAUCUGCAGGACAGGGCAAAUAUAGACCCACCUGGAAUUGAUUUUGACUGCAAAGACAGGCCAAAGAAGCCUCUGUGGGUAAGAGGCCAUUGUGAGGACAAUUUGUGUUGCAUUGAUGUGGCAUCGCUCCUUCAGUUACAACUCUGGCCCUUUAGUCAGACUUACACUGGGGCAGGCAGCACGCCAGAUCUAAACUCUGCUCUGGCAAUGGUUUUACCUUCUGUAAAGGGAGCCUAGGCUGGUGUGUGAGCAGGCCCACACUGAACUGGACUUACACAUUUUCCUUUUACAUGUUCCUCUAAGACAGUGACCCACAUAGACUUAGCUACAAUCACAACACUUUUGAACUAAGCUGGGUACUUUUUGUGUUGCUGGAUCCCACCCUAAAGCUGUAGUCUUUGCAUUACGUGACUGUUCAGAGCAUUGAUGUCAAGACAAGCAGCUGGUCUGGUAUUCAGCGAUUCUGAUGAAACUGGUCCAUUUCAAGCAACCCUGGGAAAAUGAUGUAUCUGGUAAAGUUGAGUAGAUGAAGCACUAUGACAUCAAGCCACCAACUGUCAAAUUGUGUUUGGGGGAACAGGGAGUAAUUUCCUGGACAAGCACACCUAGGCUGUAAACCAUGUAUGCUGAAGUAAUCUAACAGAAGUUGGAAUGGUAUCUUUUGGCAUUUAUACCAGGAUUAAUCCACAGUCAAUGACUUAUGGAGUGAUGCCUUAGAAACCAUGGUUGUUGGUGCAUUCUGUUUGCCCUUCUUUACAAUAGAUAAUAGAAAAUUUGAAUGAUUUUCCCCCCUUCCCAGCAAAAAGCUGAUAUGGAGUAUGCCAUUUCUGGUGUCAGAAUUCAUUCUUACAAUUAAAGAGGGCGACUGGAGUAUGUAGUUAGUAUCCUUGAAUUGUAGUUGCUGUUCUCUCCCCACUCUGUUUCUCUUUCCCAGUGCUUGUAGACAUUAUUGUGGCUGUGCCAUAGUUGGAUAGCUCCAUGCCCUGUGUAGCAUUCAACAGUUGCUUCUUAUUUCUCUUCUGCAAAUACUUGAGUCUCCUCUUGUGUAACCAGUGCUGUACGGUAUAUUUAAUUUUCACUUGGAGUGAUCUGAGGUGUAAUCUAGCUAACAGCAAAAGAGGAAUGAAGUUAAUUUUCACUGGUGGUUGCAGAUCCUCCUGAAUUCCAAAAAAGUCCAGCAGCGACUCUGGCCUCAAAAGCCCUUCUCAGUUCUAUAAGCAUGAGUGUCUUUGUGAGAAAGAGCUUCCCGUCUGAAUGGGUAAUACCCAGCUUGCAUUUCCAUGGACAUUAUCCCUGUUAAAAAUGGGACAGAAUAAAAGGACGGUUCUACAGGCUGGUUUGGGAUUGUCAGAAAUGUGAUGGCCCUUCUCUGGCUGUUCAAUUGUGUAGUAUCAAACAGAAGCUUCUGUUUAAUGUGGUCAGUGCAGUGAUUCAUACAAGCAGUCUACCAUGAUAUUUGCUCCAUGCAAACUAUGCAGAAGUUGCCUGGAUUUUGAAUUUUCACUGAGGCAGUGAAGAACAAUUAAAAUGAAUGGCUAGAGCCUUGAUUUACCUUUCUGCUUUUAAAUUAAAAUGCAUACUUGCAUAAAAUAGGAAUUGAAUCAUAUGGUUUGAGCAUCAUGAAUUUAGUUGGAGCUAGGAGUUGCUUGGAUUGAUCGAUGUCCGGAUAGCCACCUGUCCAAUUAUUCUAUUUUUUGGCUUUUGAUGAGAUACCAGAAAUAUUUUAAUAACUGCAAGAAUGUAUUACUAAAAUUUGUUCAACAUCCACUGUGCAGCAAAGAACUUCCCUAUCCCCCCAACCAGGGUGGGAUUGUUUCUCCUAAAAUAUUAAAACAUUUCAAAUGUACAUUUCCUUACAGAUCUUAUGUAUCUCUUGCUCCUUAUGUAGAUCAUAAGACCUGUCUUAAUUGUUUCCAGCACUGACUGUGUGCUUUGUUGGGGGAUAUGGUAAUGGAACAGAAACCCUAAUCUUACUUUGGACUUCAUGGAUGCUCUGCUGUAACCACUGAAGAACUGGUCUGUUCUUUGAAAAACAUUGUGAACUGUGUCCAUUUGUUAACUUGCUAGAAUGCAAAUCAUUUUUAAUCAUUAUUUUUGGAUUUCUUAACUAACUUUUGUUGAAGCUUAGCAGCUGGGGCAGGCAGUUACCAUCCGAUCGGCUCCAGAGCAUUUGAGAUAUAGGUUGUGUUUUGUUCACAUACCUCUCAUUUUGCUCUGAUGUACAACCGUGCAGUUACUGGGCAGCACACUGGUUUUCUCACUUUGUAAAUAAGACUGCGCAUUCUAGCUGGCUGAGAGUGUUUCGAAAGUGUAUGUUGUGACAGUUGUGGUACUUUUCUACCAUCAUUCUGCACUAAAUAAUAUGUUCAGUUGCUUAGAUGGCUGGACUAGUUUAUCUGUUGGACUGUUCUAUUUUCCUGGUUAUUCUGAGGUGCUAACAAACAUGCUUAAUUUGAAUAAAGUCUAUUUUGUUUUGUUA